AUGGCAAGGUUAGACCAGGAUAAACGCCAGGACGGCUCGUCAGGGACCGCCACUGAUGCGCCAGCUGAACCCUCACAGCAGGAUGUCCAAGGAACUGACGAGUCGAGCCGCCUGCGAGCCCUCAAUGCCGACAUCAGAGAUCAGGACGAUCUCGAGAGAGAUAUCACACGCCAGUCUUGCCCCGACUCCCGAUUCAACCCAGCUGUACAAGUUGACAAAUAUAUAUGGUGUAGAAAGAUCGAAUCUCAGGUUCUUAGACUUCAUCAGCGACUAUCAGAGCCCAUCGGUACUUCUGCCCGAGUAAAGUACGAGGCAGAUAUCAAGAAUGCGGAAAGUCGCUUGACGCAACUUGAGACGGAUCUAAAAGAGAUACAGCAACGUAUCGAAGAGCGCGGCGGAGAAGAGGAUGCUGCUGGUACCAGUGCUGGGCGUGAGGAAGGGUCGGCGGCUGGGAGAUUGCCCAACGAGUCACGGAGGGACUAUCUCAUACGCACAGGCAAGAUUACUCCCUUUUCGCGCAUGGGUGGGGGUGCUGGAGAUGAUGCAGGAACCACGCUGCAGAGCGCUUUGUUCGAGGCGGAGGAUGAGCGAGACGAAGAACUUGCGCUUGAAGCUGCUGGUGAACAGCCCGUCGCUUCACAUCGGCACUUGAUGAAACCUGGGUUUGAUGAUAGCCAGUUUGACGAAGCUGUCCGCCCGACGAAGAGGCGCAAGGUAGCUGGUGGCUCUGGCGUGGUAGCUAGCUCGCCUAUCGUUUCAGACGAUGAGUACCUCGAUGCUGAUGCUGAAGAACCUGAGGAUGAGGAGGAGUCUGUAGACGAAGAAGAGCUGGAUUCAGAUGAGGCAGCAGGGCGAGCUCGGAGGAAGAAAGGAAAAAGCAAAGGGAAGUCAAAGACUGCCGGUGCCAUUGAAGACUUCAAGGGGGUGGAUGAUGGAGACGAGCGAGUUUACCAGUCACGACUACGGGAUUGGGUUCAUAGACGGUCUGAAGCCCGUGAUCGCGCAAAAUUAGAGACGCUUCGCCUUUCAGGGGAGGACAAUGCCAAGCCAGAGGACGAACAGACGUCAGAUCAACGUUUGGAAGAAGAAUGGCACUUGCCGCAUCCAACUACUCCCGAUACGGAGCUGGAUGGUGGCUACCGGCUUCCAGGAGACGUAUACCCGUACCUUUUCGAUUACCAAAAGACAGGCGUCAAAUGGCUAUGGGAGCUGUACCAGCAACAGGUUGGCGGCAUCAUAGGAGACGAGAUGGGCCUCGGUAAGACAAUACAGGUUAUUGCUUUCCUGGCUGGUAUCCAUUAUAGCAAGAAGCUCAAAGGUCCCAUCAUUGUCGUCUGCCCACCUACUGUCAUGAAGCAAUGGGUUAAUGAGUUUCAUCGCUGGUGGCCACCUUUCCGUGUCUCAAUACUACACACCUCUGGAAGCGGGAUGGUCAAUAUCAAAAGUGAAAGCCAAGCUGAAGAUAGAUAUACCUCUGGCGUCUGGGGGGAUCGAAAUUCUACCACACAAAGAGGCAAUAAGGCAGCUCGCCGCAUCCUGAAAAGAGUCCUAGAAGACGGCCAUGUACUGGUUACCACCUACGCAGGGCUGCAGACCUACUCCUCGCUUCUUAUACCUGUAGACUGGGGCAUCGCUGUGCUAGAUGAAGGCCACAAGAUACGUAACCCAGACACUUCAAUCACCAUUCAUUGCAAGGAACUACGGACAUCUCACCGCUUAAUCCUUUCUGGCACACCCAUGCAGAACAAUCUUACAGAGCUAUGGUCAUUAUUCGAUUUCGUCUUCCCCAUGCGUCUGGGCACCUUGGUCAAUUUCCGAAACCAGUUCGAGUUCCCCAUUCGAACAGGAGGGUAUGCAAAUGCCUCCAACUUGCAAGUUCAGACCGCAGCAAAGUGCGCUGAAACACUCAAGGAUGCCAUAAGUCCAUACUUACUACAACGAUUCAAGAUGGACGUCGCAGCGGAUCUGCCCAAGAAGAGCGAGCAAGUCCUCUUCUGCAAGCUAACUAAGGUACAGAGAGCGGCGUAUGAGGCCUUUUUAGCAUCGGGCGAGAUGUCAUCCAUCUUGCGUGGACGGCGAGAAGCACUCUACGGCAUCGACAUGUUGAGGAAGAUAUGCAACCACCCGGACCUGACACAGCAUAAGAUCCUGUCCACAAAGACAGAUUACAACUAUGGCAGCGGCGCGAAAUCGGGGAAGAUGCAAGUUGUCAAAUCCCUCCUGGAGCUGUGGAAGGACACAGGUCAUAAAACGCUUCUAUUCGCUCAGCAUCGAAUCAUGCUUGAUAUCCUAGAACGUUUCAUUAGAGGGUUUGACGGGUUUAAUUAUAGGCGUAUGGACGGUAAUACACCUAUCAAAGUCCGUCAAAGCAUGGUGGAUGAGUUUAACAACAAUCCAGACCUGCAUGUGUUCCUCCUCACUACGAAAGUAGGCGGUCUGGGGGUAAAUUUGACGGGUGCAGACAGAGUGAUUAUCUAUGAUCCAGAUUGGAAUCCUUCUACAGAUGUGCAGGCUCGUGAGAGAGCAUGGAGGCUGGGCCAGAAACGUGAAGUUACAAUCUACCGGCUCAUGACCGCAGGAACCAUCGAGGAGAAAAUAUACCAUAGGCAGAUCUUUAAACAGUUCCUAACGAACAAGAUUCUGCGGGAUCCAAAGCAGCGCCAAACUUUCCAGAUGAGUGACAUACAGGAUCUAUUCACACUGGGUAACGAUGGACCCACGGAGACCAGCCAGAUGUUCAAGGAUGCAGACAUCGUGUAUGAAGACGACGCAGCAAAGGGUAAAAAUGCCGGAUCUUCUGGCCGCCAGCAACGACGCCGGCAACCCGAGAAUAAACCAGUGAAGGAAGAGGACCAGAAAAUCAGCCGUGUGACUGGCGUUGCUGGGAUGGAAGAAUAUCACGACGAAACCAGUGGCCCCGGUACCCCUCAACAGGAGAAGGAGGCAGAAGGAGAAUCCAAGAGCAAGACAGACGCCCGUCUGAUGGAAAAUAUCUUCUCUCGUUCUGGGGUCCUCUCAGCCGUUGAACACGACCAGAUAAUACACGGAAAGCGAGCAGUCAAAGCGGACCCGAAAAUAAUCGAGACCGAAGCCAAGCGUGUCGCAGCAGAGGCAGCUAGGGAACUCCUCAAGGCAGAAGAGGUUGCUCGCACCGUACCAGCUGGUACACCUACUUGGACUGGCCAGUUUGGCACUGCAGGUCGUCCCGGCCUCGACGUGGCACCGGCCGGUACAUCGUCUAUCUAUUCUGGCGGCGGGAGCACUGUCCGUCGAGCCAUGGGCGGACCAUCAUCUGCCAGCCUACUCGCUAAUCUUGCCAGUCGAAGUUCUGCAGCAGGCGGUAGAGCAGGCACUGCAUCCGGCUCUGGAUCUCCUUCUGCCUCUGCCUCUGCUUCGGCCUCUGCGUCGAGAACAGGCACACCGCGAACAAGCACACCGACGGGGAGAGACUUUCUGGUGAUGAUACGUGACUAUAUCAUCACGCAUGGAGGAGCAGUGUACACGCAGAUGCUGAUCGACCAUUUCAACCGAUUCUGCGACUCUCCCCGAGCCACGGCCGAGUUCAAGGAGAUCCUCCGUACGAUAGCCGUGCUGGACAAGUCAGGGACAGGGACGCGGGCGCGAGGUAAAUGGGUCCUGAAGCCUGAGUAUGCUAAGAAGUGA